AUGGAAUGGUCCAAGUAUCUCUCACAUAACCAAAACCAGCAAAACACAAACGCAUUCCCUAUAGCCCAACCUCCCGGCAAAUUGGCUGCUUUAAAUAUGGCUGAGAAAGUCCCCUCAGGUUCCAAAUCCCUGGCACAAGCCAAUAGUCACAAGUAUGAUGAACAAAACGCAGCUUCAACAGCUCGUACGUGA